UUUGGUGGCCACUUCGGGUACUGCAAGUGUCAGUUUGCAUACUGGUCUAUUAAUAACUAGUACCGAAGCUGUAUUUGACAACAGUCGCGUGGCUGCGUCCACAAAUGAAGGGCAUUUAACUUGGAGUUCUCAUUCUAAUAUUUUACAUGAAAUAGAAGUGAGACUAAUUUAAAUUAUGAAAGUGUUUACAACUUGAUGACAGCUUGGACCAGCGUGACUCGCUGCAGUGUUAGUGAAGGGUACCAUGUCCAAGGACACCUUUCCGUUCACUUCUACCUCGCUGCGCUCUCUGAGACUGGAGCGGGAGUUUCAGGAGUGGGAGGAUGCUCGGCGAGAGUUGGCUCACAGGAGAUCCAUGACCAGGGCCCCGCUGCCCCGAGCCCCCAGGCCUCCUCCCAGGCAGCAACGCCUACAGGAGGUCCGGGCCCCUCCACCCCAGAUCCGGUGCAGAGACACAGCCAUCCACAACACCUUCAUGUGUGGAGACAUGAAAGGAGUGUAUGCGGUGCUUAAGGACCCUGCCAUGGUCAACGCCCUGAUGGAGACGGUGCAUGAAGAGAUGGUGUGGAUUCCAGAGAUGGGCAUGUGGACGCUGAGCUCCAAGGUGAAGCAAACGUCUGCGUUACGUCUGGCUGCUGGCAGAGGACACACGGGAUGCGUGGAGGAGCUGCUGUUUCGUGGUGCUGAGGUGAACGCUGACCCCGGGGGAAGCGCCGCCCUCCACGAUGCCUGCAUAGGCGGCCAUGGCGUCUGUGUCCAGCUGCUGCUGUCUCAUGGGGCAGAGGCUGACCUGCUGGCUGCAGACGGCAGCGCUCCUCUCCACCUCUGCACAUCUGCCCACUCACUCCAGUGUGCUGAGUUGCUGUUAGAGGGAGGUGCCGAGGUCAACGUGAGGAUGAUGGAGUCCAGGCUCACGCCGCUGCACGUGGCCGCACGGCGAGGCCUGGAGGAGCACGUGGAGCUCUUCCUCAGACACGGAGCAGACGUGUUGGCCACAAGCCGAGAGGGGGAGACCCCUCUGAACGCCGCGUGCUCCGGUGCCGAGAGGCCUUCCGAAGCCGGACGCUAUCUACGCGUGAUUCAGAAGCUGCUGGACGCAGGAGCUGAUCCCAGGACUGCAGGCAGGAAGCAGCACACCCCCCUGCACAAUGCCUGCGCCAACUGCAGCCCCCGGAUCGUGGAGGUCCUCCUGCAGCAUGGAGCCAGGGCAGAUGUUGCCAACUGUGCAGGGUUCACACCAAUGGACUGUCUGUUGCAGGUGAUUGAAGAUUACCCGGACCAGCAACCAGAAACAAUAGCUCGGUCACUUCUGAAUCACGGAGCGAAGCCCGUUUCACCACAGAUGCUGAAGCAGUGCGUCCUCUCCGCGGCCACCCUGGAGCUGAUGCUGAACUCGUAUGUCUCUGUGCCUCCCUGUGACUGGAUGGACCGUCUGUCCUCCGAGGUGUACGAGGAGCACCGGUUCUUCUUGGACUUGGUGCGCCGGCGGAGCGGCCAGCCGCGCUCUCUGCAGCACCUCAGCCGAUGUGCGCUGCGCCUGCACCUGGGAGCCCGGUGCCGCUCGGCGGUCCGUGAACUGGACAUUCCCGCCUCUGUGAGGGAGUACCUGCUGCUGUGCAACGACGGGACCUUACUGUAGACCACAGUGACCUGUUCGCGUCCCUCUCGUUAAACUAACACCCGUUCUUGUCAGCUUGAAAUCGUUUUAAUGCGACUGUUAAAUCAUUAAGGAGGAGUUUCUGUAGGAAAAUACAAGUAAAGACGAUUUUACUUCUU